GAUGUCAUUCAAGAUUUAUAUGUCAAAGAAUUGAAAGGUUUCAAGGCAACUCCAUUAACUGCUGCCGAUGCUGAAGGUUCAGUUAAACCAUGGAGAGCUCCAGCUGCUCCAAAAGUUCCAGGUUUAGAAGCUGAUGCCACUACUCAAUUAUCAGACUAUGAAAGUGCUCCUGUUGAAGUUAACUCUGCUCCAGCCGGUGAAGCUGCUAGUGAAUCUGGUGCUGAUGAUUGGUUUGUUUUAGAAGAAGAAGUUGAAGAAACUCAUCAUUAG